UUUUUCCUUUCGUUUGUUAUGAUUAGCACUUCUGUUUUCCCUUAUACCUUAAGCAAAGUCAAAUCUUCAUACCCAUAUUAUAAUAAGACUAGAAAAUCCAUGCAGCCUGUUUAUAGGUCCACAUCCAGCUCUGAAAUUGAUUAUACCAAUUUAUAUAUUAAAAAUCUAGACCCCAAUGUUGAGAGCAUAGAUCUGUUUAACUGCUUCCGAAAAUUUGGUCGUAUCGUCUCUGCUCGCGUAAUGAGAAACGAAGAAACACGAGUUUCUAAAGGCUUCGGCUUUGUGAGCUUUAGUUCCGCAGAUGAAGCACAACUUGCCAAACAAGAAAUGAACGGUGUUUACAUCUUGUCAAAACCUAUCGUGGUUACUUUCCAUGAACCUAAAAAGCCUCGAGAAAAAGUCAUCUCCCCCACUGUUGACAAGCUCGCAAAUCAACCCAUCCAUAGCAUACAACCAUAUCAAGACAUGAUGACCACGGAAUCCAUCACCUAUCCGUCUCACAAGAAAUUAUUUGAACACCAGAAAGUAAAUAACUACCAUCAAGGCAAUGAUUUGAGAUACCAUAGCAAUAACCCUGAACGACGUCAUAGCACUUUGAAUGCAUCUCAUUUACAAAAUUACAACAAAAAUAAUACCCAUCAGCAAACGAACAAAUUUCUUUUGCCUGUAACAACGACAACAACAACUACAAAUAAAGAUAAAAGAAGAGAAUAUCAAAUUAUUGGAACAAGCGUAAAGAAUAAUAUCCGGCCUCCUAGCAUGUAUCAACAGACACAACACAAGACAGGUGGUACAAGUUUUCCUUUUCAUCAUACGCCAAAUGUUACAACAAACACAAAUGCUGCUGAGAGAGUUGCUGCACCGAUGACACCUGAUCGUAAUUUGAUCUCAGCGUGCAGUCAACAAGAUUUGUCUGGCUCUUACAGGCGUAGUUCCGUUGAAUCAUCACCAAGCGGGUCUACCGGAAACAGCAGUUCACAAGAUAAAAGAAGAAAUAUUGUUACUCAAGCAGUCAUGUCAAUUGAAGAACUUCAAGACACAAACUACAUCCAAGAUAUUGUGGAUUUAUUGCUCACUUUGAAGAAGAAAGACUUAGCCACUUGUUUGUUCAACAAUGUCUUUUUAAAAUCAAGCGUCAAGCGCGCAAAAGACUCUCUUGAUGUCUUUCAUGAAAAACCGCCACAAAAACAUGCACCAGAACUACCAAAACCCAAAGUUACAGUGAUUGAACAAACCGAACAUUACCAACAAAAGAAUAAUGGCGGCUUAUAUGGCGGCUUUAACAAUGUAAUCUCAACAGCACCCAUUUUUAAUGCAACACAUCCUUAUUAUUGUCAUCCAUCAAGUCACCCACAAGCACUUAGUGAAUUCUUAAAAAACGAAAUUAAACUUCCUCCACAAGGAUCCAAGGCUAUACCCAUUGUAGCACCAAAACAAGUACAAAAUUCGACAUCUCAAAACAACUCUUUGCAUCAAGAGAUUGAAAAGUUUCUCAAGACCCUGGAAGGUCUAGAGCUUUACAAACAAAAACAGCUUUUAGGAGAUCGUCUUUUUCCGCUUGUCAAGGCUACCGGCAUCAAACAUGCUCCUCGUAUCACAGUUCAGCUGUUGGACAAUAUACCUCUAAACGAAUUAGCUUACUUGAUGUAUGAUAAAGAGAAACUUAAGGAAAAUAUAUCCAAAGUUAUUACCAAAUAAACCAUUACUUUAUGCAACAACAAACCAUGUUUUGUAAUUCAUGCAAUUUCAAAUAAAAACAAAUACAGUAUCCUCGUGAUUUGGUUCUUUACUUCAAAUCAAACCAGUUACUGCAGCUAGCGCACUCUUGAUGCGUUCUAUAUUUUCUCCUUUUGAAGGCUU